UCCAAAUGGUGUUUCGGCCUGUUUCGGUAUUGCCCGGACAUUUUCGCCUCUUUGUUUUACCGAUAGUGCAUUUAACUCGCGUUCAACCCAAUAUCCAGCGGACUGUACUGUUCUCAAACAGCCACAUGAGAGGGCAUCCAUGAUGAGGAGCUAACACCACUGCGUGCCUGCAGGAAGAGACGUGGCUGCCAAAUCAUCCUCAGUCAACACAUGGCGUCAUUAGGGAACCCCGAGAUGCUAACCAGGAAGAUCAAGCUGUGGGACAUCAACGCCCACAUAACUUGUCGCCUGUGUGAGGGGUACCUGAUAGACGCCACUACUGUCACGGAGUGCUUGCAUACCUUCUGCAGAAGCUGUCUAGUGAAGUACCUGGAGGAGAACAACACCUGUCCCACGUGCAGGAUUGUCAUUCACCAGAGCCACCCACUGCAGUACAUCGGCCAUGACCGAACAAUGCAAGACAUUGUCUACAAGUUGGUGCCGGGACUACAAGAGGCGGAGAUAAAAAAACAAAGAGACUUCUAUCAGAAGCUGGGAAUGGAAGUGCCCGGGGACAUCAAAGGAGAGCUGUGCAGCAUGAAACAACAUCUAGAUCCUCAGCGCAAUGGUGAGGUGAAAACGGAGGACACGGCAAAUAAGGAAACAGCAGAGGACAAACCGGAGGAGGAGGAGAACGAUUAUCACCGCAGCGAUGAGCAGGUCAGCAUCUGUUUGGAGUGCAACAGCAGCAAGCUCCGUGGCCUGAAGCGCAAGUGGAUCCGCUGCUCGGCGCAAGCCACGGUCCUUCACCUCAAGAAAUUCAUCGCCAAAAAGCUUAACCUGACAUCGUUCAAUGAGCUGGACAUUUUAUGCAAUGAGGAAAUCUUGGGAAAGGACCACACUUUGAAAUUUGUUGUCGUGACAAGAUGGAGAUUUAAGAAAUCCCCCCUCCUGCUGCAUUACAGACCCAAAAUGGAUUUGCUGUAGUCGGACAGAACGGUUGUUUUGGCCCAGUGGCCCAGAACUGUGCAACGUACUAUUUAUGCAGAGACGAUCAAUCCCAACACCAAGCAAACACACCAGAUCAGAAGUCCACACAAGCCAGCAAACAACAAACCCCAGCACAGAUACUGCACCACUGGCGGGUUUAGAUCAAAAAACAACCCUUUUUUGUCCGCUAUACAUCCUAGAUAUGUGAAAGAUUUGAGAGAAAAAAGCAUAUAUUUAUACUUUUGUACAGAUGAGACAUGGAACCAAGACACUACUGGUGCUCUGUUUACACAUGAACAAGAUGUCGGGGAAUCGUGUGCCCAUAUUGUUUUUUUUUUUCCGACAGACUUCACUCCUCCGACCCUCAUUGACUGAUAAAAAGGCGAGGACGAGUAUUUUUAACAGUUCAUUUUAUUUUUCAGGUUACACUCAAACGAGUCUUGGGAGCAAAGAAAGUAUAUACAUUUAUAUAUAAUAAGACAUUGUUUCAAAGCUGUUUAUUGCAUUGUUGUAUUGUUCUCUGAUUUAUUUUUUUAUUUUACUUUAAAAUUGCUUCGGGUUUGCUGAAGGUUGAUUGUGAAUAGGGGAUGUACUAAUUUAUGUUCUAUAUACCAAUAUUGUACAUAAAAUGUCAUUAUGAGAGAGAUUGAAAGGAGUAAGAAAGAUACUUAAGAUUGUUAGGAAAGGUCCACAGAAGUGCUUCAGUACGGUGCAUUCGGAAAGUAUUCAGACCCUUUGACUUUUCCCACAUUUUGCUAUGUUAGUCCACAUAAAUCUACACACAAUACCCCAAACAGCUUUU